AUGGUCGUCUUCCACAACCCACCAGUGGAGAUCCACCUUGAGGGGGAGCCAGACACCAAUACACGGGCUCCUGACCACUGGAUUGCUACGUUCUUAUCCCAAACUCAAGGUUACUGGCACGAUCAUGGGAAACGGGAGACAAACAUUUCACACGACAUCUUCGACAAGGUUUUGCUAUCCCCUUCUUUCACUGGCAGUGUUCAAGGAACCAUUACUCGUAUCGCGCUCACUUUCCUUCCCGUUCUAUUCAUCCGAGGUCUGGCAGGCCGGAAGCAGCUCGAAAGACUCGAGAAGGAAAUAGAAGUACAUAGUAGUCGGACCGACCUCCACGACAAGAGGACACGUAUUCUGCAAAAACUGAAGAAAACUUGCGGGCUUGUCCACUUUCUAUUGCUCACUCCGAUCUGUCUCCUUGGGCUCACGAUUUUCGCUAGUUUGGAGAGAGCACCGCUGACCGGCAGAUGGAGACUUAUGCUAUUAUCCCCAGAAGAGGAGGCAGAUAUAGCCGCACAGCUCGCAGGUCCUGGAUGGUAUCAGGCUGUCAGCGAGAUUCUUUUCCAGAAUAAUCGGUCUACGCUGCUCGAUCCUAUGGAUUGGCGAGUGGGCUGGGUGCAGGACACGCUCAGACGAUUGGAGCAGACUAUCCCCAUGCUUCUGCGCGAGAAAGAGUUACAUCCGGAUUGGAUGGAGCGUAGUGCUAGCGACACUCCUUGUCCACCUCCUGCAGAAUUUCCGCUACGUCCUCGGCCGCAGGUAUCUGAAUACUAUCGCAGGUUUGGAGAGGUCGUGCGUACACUGCAAGAUUCGCAAGACCCGAGCGCUGGGACCAUUCCCGGGCCACCGUAUUCGCUGCUCGUUGUUGAUCGCCCGGAUUCGUCAAACGCGUUCUCGUAUGGAUAUGGCGGAGACGGGGGCGGCGGCCUGGUUGUCUUUUCUGGCUUCCUAGAUGACAUUCUUUCGAAGUCUGCUGGUAGAGUUGCGCCGACAUCGAAGCCCACGUCGUGGUGGAACACACUCUUUAACGGUCCGCUCUUUGGUUCGCCAACAGUUACACAUCCGGUUCCUACAGGGGAGCAAACAUCAGAGCUUGCCAUUCUCUUGGCACAUGAACUUGCACAUCUUGUCAUGGCCCAUCAUCUCGAGACACUAUCUCACGGUUCGAUCAUUGGCCCAGGUGUAAUGUCUAUCCUCACUGAUGUUGCCCGCACUCUCGUGUUCCCUGUCACCAUGCUAUUUGGUCCAUUCAUCAACGAUGCUCUUGCUGGGCUGGGCGAAGUGGGUUCUGGGGAGUUCGUGAGGAUGUCCGAGUAUUGCACGAGCCAGAAACAGGAGAUUGAAGCUGACAUUGUUUCCGCUAGACUGCUUGCGCAUGCUGGUUUUGACCCGCGACAUGCGGUGCGCUUUUGGGAAAGCCGACAUGAGACUGCAGAUAUGUCCGAAUGUUCCACAGCUACACACGAAGAAUCUCUUCCGCGUCGCUGGACGGGUUCUGGACAUCCUGUGAACAAGAUUCGUGUACAGAAGCUGAAGGAGGAGUUGGAUCGCUGGGAGGUUGCGAAACAGAAGGCACUUGCAGAACGUAAAGGCGAGGCCAAGCACGGCUGUUUGAGAAGCAGAUAG